CCAUCAAAACCCCUCCUUGCUCUCCUCAUUCCGGCGAGCUCGCCUCAAGGCAUCCUGCCUCAAAGCAUAAGCAAGCCAGCCGCCAUCCCCGGACUCCCGCAGUACCGGGCUGGGCGUGGAUUCCGCGAAGAUCUACCCGGACUCCCGCAGGUUCAGUAAUGACAUUAGUGGAUUAUAUUGACUUGGACUAUGAUGAGUAUUAUGUCAAAUUAGAUGUUAUUGAUUUGACCACUGAUGAAGAUACAUCCAAGGGAAGUACAAGGUAUUGCAAGAACCACGACAGUGCUUCAAAGGGCUGCAUGGUUCAAGGUUGUACAAAUGUUGCACAUGGAGGCACACCUCUAUGCAUUUGCCAUGGUUCAAGGAUGCACAAAAAGAGGGGCUGUGCUGUCAGUGGAUGCACCAAGGGAGCGUGUAGUGGCAGUCAAGGCCGCACAGACCGUUGUGUGAAGCACGGUGGCGGCAAGAGAUGUAAAUAUGAUGGUUGUGGGAAGGGUGCUCAAGGGAACACGGAUUUUUGCAUUGCGCAUGGUGGGGGAAGGCGUUGCAAGUUUCAAGGAUGCGGGAAAAGUGCACAAGGGCGAACUGAUUAUUGUAUCAAACAUGGUGGCGGCCGACGCUGCAUGGUUCUAGGAUGUAACAUGAGUGCAGCAUAUGGGACUGAUUUCUGCUCUAUGCAUAGAACAAGUUUGCUGAGUGGCUAUAAUUCUGCCCAUGAAAUGCUGCCAGCACCAGCGCCUGAAUGUCGGGCCAAGGAGGCAGAACCAUCCAAAAGAAGAAACUCACACUCAGUGACUGGAGGGGAAAGGGCUCAAAAAAGGCAGAACACCGAUGAAUAUGUUAACAACAUUAGAAGCUUCAGUGAUGUUGAGAUGGUAGAGGAAAAGGGCAGAGUUUUGAUUUGUCAGAAUAAUACGCUGAAGGCACAGCAAACAGCUCAGGAGAUGAAAUCCGAGAGUGACCUCGCAGCAUGAUCUCCGUCGGUACAUCUAUAUUGUACCUCCCGGACUACGGUAUUAAGGUUGUGAUGGCAGAGGUGUACAACUGACCAUAGACCCCUUAUUUCUUGGUGGUGUGUGUGCAGAAUUUCCUUAUGUUAUGUUAACAUCAAGUUGUAUGUGGUGGACAACUGAAUACUAGUAGUAAGCAGUAACUAGUACUCCCUCCGUUUUAAAAUAGAUAACUCAGCUUUGUAUUAAUGUUAGCACAACUAUUUUGGAACGGAUGGAGUAAGUAGCAUGGUCGAUCUCCGAUGACACGAUGAGCUAAAAAUAAGCUCUGAAAUAUGAACGGAGGAAUCUAUGGAUGAAGAUAUUUUGAGACGUUUUCUUCUGUUGGAUUCCAAGGGCAUGAGUUACCUUAGGACCCAGAUAUUUUUUGAGUUCCAGAAAUGUCUUAAAUAUUUUUUAUGAAGUGACACGUAGGAUGGUUAAUUGAGUUGCGUAUAUACAAGAAUUGACAUUAACCUUUUUUUAUGAUGUCAGAUACUGACAUCUCUGAAA